AUGAAUACCGAACCACGAAACUCAAGGUGUUGCCGCGGUCUAUCCGAACCAACUCCUACAGCAUUCUUGAGCGAGGACCUUAUCGUGGAGAUCAUAUCCUGGCUUAGAGUGAAACCUUUGAUGAAGAUGAAGUGUGUUAGUAAGUCAUUUAACAGUCUUAUCUGUGAUCCUAAAUUCGUGAAAAUGCACCAUAAACGAUCUUCACGAAACACACUCUCCUAUCUAGAUGAUUACAGUUUUGUACCCUUCUCGGUUGGUGAUUUACUUAAAACUCCUUCGAUGAUUCCCAGUCUCGAUGAUCCUUACUAUUGUUUGAUUGACAAGGACUGUCGUAAAGUUGUUGGUUCUUGCAAUGGAUUGGUUUGCUUGCUCGGUUCAUCUGAGCAUCAAACAUGGUUCCGUUUCUGGAACCCCGCCACUAGGACAAUAUCUAAUAAAUUAGGUUUUCUUUGUAAUGUCAAGUAUCGGUAUAAAUUGACAGAUUGGAGGUUUACUUUUGGUUAUGAUAAUUCAACCGACACUUAUAAGGUUGUGGCAUUACUUCUGGGGAAUCACCCGUGGAAAACGGUGGUACGAGUUCUUAAUUUUGGGGAUAAUAUUUGGAGAAGUAUUCCAAGUUUUCCUGCUAAGCCUCUUCAGGUAGCAGUAAGUUCACAAAUCAGCAGGGGGUUUAAUGGUGUGCAUUUGAAUGGCACUGUUAAUUGGUUGGCCUUUGGGAGAGGUCGAUCUGAUCUAUUUGUGAUUGUUUCGCUUGAUCUAAGUACAGAGACAUACAAAAUAUUCCGUGUCCCUCGAUUUUCUCAUGAGGAGUUAAAUGUAAUUCCUCGCCUUUGUGUCAUGAUGAAUAACCUUUAUUUAUAUCAUGAUGUCAACAAAACCGAUUUUGUUAUAUGGAUUAUGACAAAAUUUGGAGAUGAUAAGUCUUGGACCAGAAACCAUCUACUCAGCAGCCAUGACGUUCUUGGGUUGAACAUUAAAUAUGAUCUCUUUUCGUGUUUCAAUCUUUAUCUCAAUCGUGGUACUAUGCUAUUCUUACAAGACGAUAAAGCUAUUCUCGCUCAUUUGUUAACUGGAACACCAUUGAAAUCUAUAUUUAACAAAAAAAUAUGUUGGUUAUCUAUGAACAAUUAUGUCGAAACUUUGGUUUCAACUCGUUGAAAGUAUGCCGGCCGAAUCAACCGUCUAACAAGCAGAAUUCCAUGUUUAGUGCUCACUUAUGCUGAAUCUCUAUAUUUGAUCUGAUUACACCAAUUCAAGUACACCCUAUGGAAGUGAAGUGAGAGUUAUUUUAUCUGAUAUAGAGUUGCAAUAUUGCAUUAUGGUAGAAACUAUUUUCUUUAUUUUUAUUUUCACAUAGGGAUAUAACUGCACUUUUUUAUUAUUGUCCUUGUAUUGAAAUU